AUGAGGAUCUGGAUUCUUUGCUCAGUCGCAUUCCCUUUAUUACUUUGCCAUGUUCGUCACACGAAUAUUAAAUGUGAAUUAUUGGAUAAGUCGUUGGUUGAGGUCUCGAUCUGUAAACUAAAGGUUAUUGGACGUGGUAUUGUUGGUUUGAAUCUGCAAUUCAAUAUUCUUAAGCCACCUGUGAAGAGGGUUUUGGUGAAUUAUAGCGUAUGGAAAAAACUGAAUGGAUAUCACCCAUUUCUCUUCAACGUCACCUUGGACUACUGUCACUAUAUGAAGCAUCCAAAUCCACUUAAUGUAUUUUAUUAUUUUCAUCGGGCACUCAUGCCAUUUUCAAACCUGAACCAUACAUGCCCCUAUAGUGUGAGUAUAUACAUUUGAUUCCUUUAUCGAUAAUAGCUUUUAAUUAUCUAAUCGAGUUAACAGGGUAGUAUUAUUAUUAAAAACUUUGUGCUGAAGGACGAUAUGUUUGACAAGGUGCCUGUACCCAGAGGAAGCUACAUGUUCAACGUGAAGUUGUCUGCUGGGACCGUCAGCUGGGCGCUCGAUUUCCAGUCUUACCUGGACGUAGAUGUCAAGCAAAGUUUGCGAAAUCCCUCAGACAACGCAGAUAAAUAA